GCUAGCUCUAGGUAAUGUAAUUUCAGCUCUACGGUCUUGAUUGUUGAUGCCGAUGACCGCGACCAACGGUCAGAAUUAGGGUUCUCUUGGUCGUGAAGAGAUCCUUCGAUGCCAGGUGCGCCAUGGCCGAGACUGUGUCUUUGGGGUUUCCCAUAGCUCAACCCAAGCAAGCGGUGCCUUCAGUUUUCUCCAACCAACCAUACAACCCUCAAUCAAUCCUCAAUCAAUCAACAUAGUCGAGUCAAGCUUUGACAUCUCAUCACCAUGUUCUCGUUUGUUCGCACAGUGGCGGCACUUGUUGUCCUGUCCUUGGCGAGUCCUCCAUUAGUUUGGGCGGGCGAGCAAAAGGAUGUGACGUUAUUCAACGAAGCCGGUCUUUCGAUAGAUGUCUUUUGGGUGCAUCCUCAGAAUGGUGGCAUUCACAAGAUGACGGCGGAUGGCGAAGUGAUCAAGGAUGGAUUGUCCAUCCCGCUCAAGUCGUUUGCCGGACACGAAUUUGAAGUCCACGAAGUACCCAAUCCUUCCACGGGGGAGUGUGAUACCACCGACAGUAAGACGUGUCGACGAGCCAUUUUUCAAGUCACUCCGUAUGAUGAUCAGGUCAUCUUUAUCACUCCCAAUUUUGAAGCCGUCAUUGAAGAUUCCAACACCAAAGCCCAAGCGGCCGCCGGAGACUUAGUGCAAGACUGUCACAUUCAAGCCAAACGAAAAACACCCGCCGAUCCCUCGGCCGAAGAUUUGCAAAAGAGCAUGCUCGGUCUCGUUCAGUGUGUCGAAGACAAGGUCGCCCGCAAUCUCAUCAAGAGCAAUGAAGAAGUCGCCUUUCAAGCAUCCGUUCGCAAAGACAUGGCGGCCAAAUUGGAAAAUUAUACUUGCGACGAUCCCGAUCAUCCCACGUCGGCGCCCGUCCGCGAUGAAAUUUGGAAGACGGCCAAAGACGGACACCCCCGCACCGUGCACGUCAUGCACGAUCGUCCCGCCUCCAAAAUUCACGUCGUCGAACACUUUAUUGAUCCCGAAGAAUGCGAUGCCAUGGAACAUGCUGCCGAACCCAUUUUGCAUCGCGCGACCGUAGCGGAUGGAUCCGGUGGAUCCAAGUAUUCCGAAGCCCGCAAAGCCAUGCAAGCCGGAAUUAAUGUCAAGUGGGAAAAGGAAGCCGACGGGGAUCCGAUUGCGCGAUUGUCACGACGGGUCUACGAUUAUGCCAAUCAUGUGCUGGGAUUGGGAUUGGAACAUCAUGGACAAGAGGAUCUCAUGAGCAUUCAGUAUUUUGGACGUGGAUACAAUGACACCGAACCGGAUCGCUACACUCCGCACUGUGAUGGAGAUUGCACCGGAUUGAAACACAAGCACGGCACCCGAAUGGCAACCAUGGUCAUGUACUGCAAAAUCCCUCAACACGGAGGUCACACCAACUUUCGCAACGCGGGCAUUCACAUCCAACCCAAAAUGGGGAAUGCCAUUUUCUUUGCCUACAUUGACCCCGACACCAAAGUUAUGGAUACAGGCUUCACAGAGCACUCGGGAUGCCCCGUCUUUGAAGGAGAAAAGAAGAUUGUGACGCAAUGGAUCCGAUACGGGGUCGACAAGGAAAACCCUUGGGAUUCCUUCAAUACCUUGGGAAUCAAAAAGUCGGAAGAGAAUGAUUAUUAGAGAUAGUUAGUUAGGUAGUUAGGUAUAGCAUACGAAUUAUCUAUAUAUAUAUAUAUAGGUAGCAGCCCACUCUCACUUCAUUCUAAAGAGCGUUGUCAUUUUGAAGA